UUCUGUUGUUUUCCAUUGGUAUUCGGCAAAAAAAAACAACUGAAAUUCUAUUACAACACAAAAUAAAACCUUAAAAGUAUUAAUUAAUACAGACAAACACCCCCUUUUAAGCAGAUUGUCUUGUUUGUAUUUGUAUUAAACAAAGUACAACAUGUGUAAAUUAAAAGUAAAACCACUGCCAACAAGUAAACAACUAGAAUAGUGUGUCCGCUGAGUUGAGUGCUAAAAUAUUUCCGGGAAUGAGGAAAAUGUCCACUACCAAGCAAUGGCUCUUUUUGUUUGCUGCCGUAUGUCUAAUGAUGGUUAUAGGCUAUUGGGUGCUGGGAUCCGAAGUAAAGAUAGCCGCUUUGAAACCGAUAACAAAAUUGCAACAUUCAGCCACUGCCUUGGAAGGUUCGUUGUUAACCGUGGACAAUUUCGAUUAUGAGGAACAACUGGUGGUGCUCUAUAAUAGAGUUCCCAAAACGGGUUCCACCACUUUUGUAAAUAUCGCCUAUGAUCUAUGCAAACGAAAUCGUUUUCAUGUGCUGCAUAUUAAUAUAACAGCGAAUAGUCAUGUCUUGUCAUUGCCCAAUCAGGUCUCCUUUGUUCGAAAUGUCACCAAGUGGCAUGAAAUGAAGCCGGCGUUAUACCAUGGACAUGUGGCAUAUUUGGAUUUUUCAAAAUUCCAAAUUGCCCAUAAUCCUAUCUAUAUUAAUAUAGUACGCAAACCUCUGGAUAGACUUGUAUCCUAUUAUUAUUUUUUACGCUAUGGUGAUAACUAUCGUCCGAACUUAGUACGUAAGAAAGCAGGCAAUAAAAUUACAUUUGAUGAAUGUGUAAAACUGAAACAACCCGACUGUGAUCCCAAAAAUAUGUGGCUACAAAUUCCUUUCUUUUGCGGUCAUGCUGCCGAAUGUUGGGAACCUGGCAGUCAAUGGGCUUUGGACAUGGCUAAGACGAAUUUAGUUAAUAAAUAUUUUCUUGUUGGAGUUACGGAGCAAAUGGAGGAUUUUGUGGAUUUGCUGGAGCGCUCACUGCCAAGAAUGUUUCAUGGUUUCCGCGAAUAUUAUCAACAUUCAAAUAAAUCCAAUCUCCGCAACACUCUAAAUAAACGUCCUCCAAGCGAAUCAACGGUAGCAGCUAUUAUGGAGUCUAAAAUAUGGAAAAUGGAAACAGAAUUGUAUGAAUUUGCAUUGGCCCAAUUUGAAUUCACCAAAAGGAAACUGAUGCAACCGGAUAAGAAACAGAUACAACGUUUUAUGUAUGAAAAAGUCAAACCAAAAUAAAAGAUGCUAUGGAGAGUGGGGAGGCGUUCAUACACAAGUAAAUGAAUGUCCGAAUUGUAAAGGAAAGAAUCCCAGUUGUAAAUAACCACACAAAAAAUCUUCCCCUAAAUGGUAACUGUACAUCUAUCGAUUGGCCCUGCCUAAUAUCUGUGUUUUUGCAUGUAGCUCCUCUAAUGGAAAUCGUAUGUACUUAAUUUAUGCUGUUUUUUAAUUUAUUUUAUUUUAUUAGUUGAAGAAAAAAAGAGUAGCCUAAGGCUAAGAAAAUGUAAGGACUUUUUCAUCCAAAAGACCUUCUUACCCAAUAGUUUCUAAUAUUUAACCACAUUUUUGUAUAUUAAUAAUUUUUCUAAGUAGUCAUUAGAUUUUAAUUGCUCUAGGGUUACCCCUCGAAACAUUGUUUUUAUACCCACCACCGAAGGAUUGGGGUAUAGUCAUUUUGUCAUUCCGUUUGCAACACAUCGAAAUAUCCAUUUCCGACCCUAUAAGGUAUAUAUAUUCUUGAUCUUUGUAAAAAUCUAAGACGAUCUAGCCAUGUCCGUCCGUCUGUCUGUUGAAACCACGGUACAGUCUUAAAAAAUUGAGAUGUUGAGAUGAAACUUUACACAGAUUCUUUUUUUGUCCAUAAACAGGUUAGGUUCGAAGAUGGGCUAUAUCGGACUAUAUCUUGAUAUAGCCCCCAUAUAGACCGAUCCGCCGAUUUAGGGUCUUAGGCCCAUUUAAGACACAUUUAUUAUCCGAUUUUGCUGAAAUUUGGGACAGUGAGUUGUGUUAGGCCCUUCGACAUCUCUCCUCAAUUUGGCUCAGAUCGGUCCAGGUUUGGAUAUAACUGCCAUAUAGACCGAUCUCUCGAUUUAAGGUCAUGGGCCCAUAAAAGACGCAUUUAUUGUCUUCUUCAAUUUAGCUCAGAUCGGUCCAGAUCCAAAUCGUCCAAAUCGGAGCAUAUUUCGGUAUAGCUGCUAUGGGGCAUAAAGUAUGCAUUUUCACCGGAUUUUGACGAAAGGUGGUUUACAUAUAUACCCGAAGUGGUGGGUAUCCAAAGUUUGGCCCGGUCGAACUUAACGACUUUUUACUUGUUUCAACUUCUUUAGUUGCCUUAUUAGUAUUAAUGCCUUUUUUGUUUGGUAUGAAAUGGAAGGAGUGUUUAGACAUUUUUCCUUCUGAUUGCCUGUCAGUUGCCAAAAUGUUUAAUAUUUUCUUUAAUUAUUGAGUUUUUACAUUUUGUAAAAGAGUGUUUUAUUUUUUGUAUUUUUUUUUUCAAAAACUCAACAUGAUUUUAGAAAAAACCAAUACUUAAUGAUAAGGUCUAAGCAAACAAACUAGAACUUGUAUAAAGUACCAAGUCCCCCCAGAAAAAAAAAACUAAAAACUGUAGCAAAUUGUAGCAUAUCAAUAUUUUAAUUUUUAUAGGAUAAAAAAGUAUAUCCCGAAAGUCUUAAAACUCAUUAGUGUUACAUGUACAUAUGGGACAUUUCGCUAUGAAUUGAAUAGUUAAAAAUAGACAUUUUGCGAGAAAAUUUCUAGACUGGACUUAAAGAAAUUGAUGAGCCAAUUUUGAGAACUUAAGCUUUUACUACUCAUUUGGCGACAUUGGCUACAUAAAGCCUGGUUAUGUUGUGAAAAAGUAUAAUAUGAACUAGGGUGACCAGUUCUUUUUUUUUUGGAAAGCGGGUUAGGGUAUUUUGAGCAGAUUUUAAAAAAUUUCCCAAAAUUUUUGUCUUUGAAGACAAAUUUCUAGAAAUUUUAUCUUAAAAGAGAAUAUUGGAGACAUUUUGCGGGUAAAAAAAUUUCCUGAGAAUUUGGUUUUUAUAGAAAAUUUCCCAGAAAUGUUUUCUUCGGAGAAAUUUUUUUAGAAAUUUAGCUUAAAAAAACUUAUCAGAAAUUUUGUCUUUAAGCCUAUUACUGACUUCGACUUUUCACACGAACAACUGUCAAAACGUACUAUAAAAAAUUGGCGGAUAAUGCGAACACAUUCCGUACAAGUGGUACUGAGUUCUAUGAGCAAAAUAGUAGCGACAUGUCGCUGCAUCAGGAUAUAUUUAGGAUAUAUUUCGCUAGUUUCCUAGUCGCGUUAGGAUGCGAACCAGUUGCCCAGUCUCGUUAGGAUGCGAACUAGUUUUCCAGUCGUGUUAUUUAUGGUACCAACGGAUCCGUCAGUUAGGAUGCGAACAAAUACCAUUAAUUGGUGGUUAAAUCCUUAGGGCUUCUAGCUUUCUGACUGAAUUUCUAGAAAUUUUAUCUUUAAAGAGAAUAUUGGAGAAAUUUUGUGGUUAAGAAAAUUUCCUGAGAAUUUUGUUCUUUUAGAAAAUUUCCCGGAAAUGUUUUCUUCUGAGAAAACUUUUAAGAAAUUUGGCUUAAAAAAAAAUUAUCAGAAAAUUUGUCUUUAAGCCUGGAACUGACUUCGAUUUUUCAAAGGAACAACUGUCAAAAUGCUCUAUAAAAAAAUGGUGACGAAGAUAAUGCGAACACAUUCCGUACAAGUGGUACUGAGUUCUAUGAGCAAAAUAGUAGCGACAUGUCGCUGCAUCAGAAUAUAUUUAGAAUAUAUUUCGCUAGUUUCCUAGUCGCGUUAGGAUGCGAACCAGUUGCCCAGUCUCGUUAGGAUGCGAACUAGUUUUCUAGUCGUGUUAUUUAUGGUACCAACGGAUCCGUCAGUUAGGAUGCGAACAAAUACCGUUAAUUGGUGGUUAAAUCCUUAGGGCUUCAGCUUUCUGACUGAAUUCCUAGAAAUUUUAUCUUUAAAGAGAAUAUUGGAGAAAUUUUGUGGUUAAGAAAAUUUCCUGAGAAUUUUGUUCUUUUAGAAAAUUUCCCGGAAAUGUUUUCUUCGGAGAAAACUUUUAAGAAAUUUGGCUUAAAAAAAAUUUAUCAGAAAUGUUGUCUUUAAGCCUAGAACUGACUUCGAUUUUUCAAAGGAACAACUGUCAAAAUGCACUAUAAAAAUGGUGACGAAGAUAAUGCGAACACAUUCCGUACAAGUGGUACUGAGUUCUAUGAGCAAAAUAGUAGCGACAUGUCGCUGCAUCAGGAUAUAUUUAGAAUAUAUUUCGCUAGUUUCCUAGUCGCGUUAGGAUGCGAACCAGUUGCCCAGUCUCGUUAGGAUGCGAACUAGUUUUCGCUGUUAUUUAUUAUUUAUGGUACCAACGGAUCCGUCAGUUAGGAUGCGAACAAAUGCCAUUGGUGGUUAAAUCCUUAGGGCUUCUAGCUUUCUGACUGAAUUCCUAGAAAUUUUAGCUUUAAAGAGAAUAUUGGAGAAAUUUUGUGGUUAAGAAAAUUUCCUGAGAAUUUUGUUCUUUGAGAAAAUUUCCCGGAAAUGUUUUCUUCGGAGAAAACUUUUAAGAAGUUUGGCUUAAAAAAAUUUAUCAGAAAUUUUGUCUUUACGCCUAGUACUGACUUCGAUUUUUCAAAGGAACAACUGUCAAAAUGCACUAUAAAAAUGGUGACGAAGAUAAUGCGAACACAUUCCGUACAAGUGGUACUGAGUUCUAUGCAAAAGUUCUAGCAAAAUAGUAGCAUGUGCCAGGUCGCUGCAUCAGAAUAAAUUUAGCACAAUUUUAAUUGCAAAUGUAUUUAAAUGCUCACGAAAUGGGCGGAAACAACUCUGCUUCAAUACUGUUGUCUUUGUUGUUGUUUGUGUUCUAACAAAGAAAGAGACCGUCGGAUUUUGCAAUAAUUUAAUAGGCAUUUGUAACGUGGUUUUAUCUACGGCUGAGGUAGGCCAGCAGUCGUCCAGGGUUUUCCUUUAAGGACCCACAAACCUUAAAUAAUAACACACUUAUAAAUCUCUUUCUGGGUACGCAGUACUGGUUUAAUUGAUAGUAUACUUCAGUAAGUAAAAUUGAAAAUUAUGUUCUAUGAUGCAAACUAAUUGCCUAAUCGCAUUAGGAUGCGAACCAGUUGCCCAGUCGCGUUAGGAUGCGAACUAGUUGCCUAGUCGCGUUAGGGUGCGAACCAAUUGCCAAGUCGCGUUAGAAUGCGAACCAGUUGCCCAGUAGCCCAUUCGCGAUAGGAUGCGAACUAGUUUCCUAGUCAAGUUAGGAUGUGAACGAAUCAUCGUUAGGAUGCGAACCAGUUGCCCAGUCGUAUUAGGAUGCGAACCAGUUGCCCAGUCGCGUUAGAAUGCGAACCAGUUGCCUAGUCGCGUUAGGAUGCGAACCAGUUGCCCAGUUGCGUUAAAAUGCGAACCAGUUGCCUAGACCCGUUAGGAUGCGGACGAAUCAGCGUAAGGAUGCGAACUAGUUUCUCAGUUGCUUAGGAUGCGAACUAGUUUUCUAGUCGCGUUAGGAUGCGAACCAGUUGCCCAGUUGCGUUAGGACACGAACUAGUUUCCUAGUCGCAUUAGGAAGCGAACCAGUUGCCCAGUCGCGUUAGGAUGCGAACUAGUUUCCUAGUCGCAUUAGGAUGCGAACGAAUCAGCGUUAGGAUGCAAACCAGUUGCCCAGUUGCGUUAGGAUGCGAACUAUUUGCCUAGUCGCGUUAGGAUGCGAACUACUUACCAGUCGCGAUAGGAUGCGAACUAGUUGUCUAGCCGCGUUAGGAUACGAACCAGUUAGAUAUUUCGUUAAAAUUUUGUCUUUAGAGAAAAUUUUUUUUUUAGUUGAAAAUUCUCCGAAAAUUUUUCCAGGAAUAUUUGUCUGUGUAGAAAAUUUUCCAAAAAUAUUUUUUUCUGUCCUAAGAGUAAAUUUUGCAGAAAUGUUGUCUUUGGAGAAAUUUUCGCAGAAAUUUUGUCUUUUCAAAAAAUUUCCCAGAAGUGUUUUCGUAGAAUUUUUGUCUUAAGAGACAUUUUCAACAUAUUUUUUUAAGAGAAAAAUUCCCAGAAAUAUAGUUUCUAAAGGAAAUUUUAUUUGAGAGAAAAUUUCAUUUAAAUUAAUUUUACCCUUAGAGAAAAUUUUCCAAUAAUUUUUUUCAUGGAGAACUUAUUGGAAUUUUUUUAAAAAUGUCCUUAAAAUUUGUUUCUUUGGAAAAAAAUUUACAGAUACUUUGUUUUUAGAAAUUAUUCUCAAGAAAUGUUAUCUUUAAGGAAAAUUUGAAGGAUUGUUUGUCUGUGUAGAAAAUACCCCAAAAAUGUUUUUCUUUUGUAAUUAGAGCAAAUUUCGCUAAAAUGUUGUCUUCAGGUAAAUAUUCGCAGAAAAUUUUUGUGUUAAGGGAAAAUUUCCGACCAAUUUUAUCUAAGAGAAAAUUUCCCAGAAAUCUCGUUUUAGAGAAAAAUUUUCUGAGAUUUACAAAGAAAUUUUUCCAAAAUUUUUUUCGGAUAAAAUUUUUUUAAAAAUGUCCUAAAAUCUUUGUCUUUGUAAAAUUUUUGUGUUAAGAAAAAAUUUUCAACAAGUUCGUCUAAGAGAAAAUUUCGCAGAAAUUUUUUCAAAAAUGUUUUCAGAGAAAAUUUUCUAGAAAUUCGUCUUCAAGGAAAAUUUCCAGGAAUACGUAUUUGUCCGCGUAGAAAACUUUCCAUAAAUUUUGUCUUUAGGGAAAUUUUCCAUGAAUACCUUCGCUUUCUUUUUUUGGUCUUAAAAUCUUAUUAAGAUUCCAUUGCAGGAUAUUGUCCGGCUAUAGACCAUUUCGUUCAAUGCUUUCUACUCACAGAAUAGCACAGCAAAAUGUGUGAUGUUGCUAAAAAGCAUUUGACCCGUCUAUCUGUAUCGCGAUUUCUGAUUAGCCAAGAAUCUUCAUCAGCGGAAUUUGUCAAAUGGAUCAUGGUGCUUAACAUACCAAACUAACUAAAGUGGGUUGUAAAGCACAUAUCUGAAAUUGAACAGGGCUUUUAAAGAUUUUUAUAUUUCUCUUCAGAGAAAAUACUUUAGAAAUUUUAUUUCAAGAAAAAAAUUUCCCAAAAAAAUUUCUUAGAAAUAUUUCCUAAAUAUAUUUCUUUUAGAAAACAUUUUGUAAUUUUUUUUUUUAAAUUCCUAGAAAUUUUGUCUAUUGAGAAAAUUUUGCUUAAGAAUUUUUCUUUCAAAAUUUGUAUUCUUAUAUAAAAUUUUCUAUAAUUAUUGUCUUGAGACAAAAUUUCCUAAAAUUUUUAUCUUGAGAGAAAAUUUGCUACAAUUUUCGUCUUGAGAGAAAAUUUCACAAAAAUUUUGUUUUAGAAGAAAUUUCACAGAUAUUUUGUCUUUAUAAAGAAUUUUACAGAAAAAGAAUAAAAAAAAUAUUCUAAAAUUUUUCGAUGUAAAAAAUUUUGUCUUAAACGACAUUUUCUUGAAAUUUUUUCUCGGAGGAAAUUUCAUGGAUUUUUUCGUUUUUUUUAUGAGAAACUGCUUCCGACUUAAAUUUUCCUCUAUACAAUUCUAUCGGUUCAUUGUGGAGUAUCCCAUAUACUACCAAUAGUAAUAACACUCAAAACAGACAAGGUAUAGCCAUAUUAGUCAUUUAUUAUACAUUAAUGACCUUAAACUAUAGUAUAGUUUACAUUUAAAUAAAUGACAAAAACGAAAAACAAAAAUGAAAAAUUAAAUUUUUUAUACCUAUUGACAAUACUAGAAAACCGAGAAUGUUACAUAUAGUAUAUAUAUAUAUAAUUUUAUAUAAAAACUUAUGCAUAUGAUAUAAAUAUAGAUGAACAAACUUAUAAGUAUAA